ACAGUCGAUCAGCAAAGUGAGACGCAGCCUUCGGGCAACAUCCAACAAACCGAGCGUUGUUGGGUUGGUUUGCGCAGGAGCUGGAUGAUGAGUAGCUUCGGCGGCUUGCAGAGUGGAGGCGGCCUUAACUACACCGGCAUCGACUGUGUUGACGCAGGAAGCCUUACGAUCGUAAAGCAGGAACCCACGGUACACACGUUUACUACCGCGGACGGCGGAACGAACGCCGGCGGCAACAACCACCAUUUCCAGCAGACAACGUUCAUGAUGGAUGCACUGAGCAGUAACCCGAUGUUGACAACGGCCUCGAUGCCAAUACCGUCCCGUAACACCAGCCACCAGCGCAUGAUGCAGUCGGAUCUAGAUUUUGCAAACGAGAUGGACCAGUUCCGCAGUUCCGGCCAGCUGCUGCACGAUGUGGGAGCGAUGACGGCCGGCGGUAAUAAUACCGGUGGCUUCCAGCCGGGCAGUCUUCCGACACAGCUGGACGGUAUGUUUGGCAUCCCGAGCGGGUGGGAAAAUAUGAUCCUGACCGCGGAAGGCAUCGACAUUGGACCGAUGAAUGUGCAGAUGAUGGAUACGUGGAACAACAUAAUUUCCCCAUCGUCCACGGUGUCGUCGGUAACGCCGCUGGAUGAUGGAGGCAUUCAGCAGGUGAUGGUCGGAGACACGACUUCGAUUGUGAUGGGCGGUGGCGGUGUUGGGCUUGGAACUGGGCAGCAGCUGAUGGAGGAGUUCGAGGUGUAUCCGUUGGAAGAUUUCAACGAUGGGCUGCUGUGCAACGAUUUGAACACGAUCGAUGGUCUGUUUCACGACGAUAUCACAUUGCUCAGUCAGCCGCUUAGCCAGCAGUCGCCGAAUCUGAGCGGUGACAGUGCCAUCAUCCUGUCGCCCAGUCUGCCGCAGCAGAUAUUGGGUCGUUCGUCGAACCAGAGCCUUUCGUCCGGUGGGUUAACCAUCUUGGCGAGUGAGAAUACGGUUGGUAGCGUCGGUAGCAACAGCGUUUCGUCGGGCUUCGGGCCGGCUACCGGUGGUAUGCAGCUGCUCACCAACGACCCGAUGGUGGCGGCAGGCUAUACCAACACGAACAGCAACAGCAGCUUGCUGUACGAUGAGCAGACGCGCAUCUCGUCCUCACCGUUCGAGCUGUACACCAAACAGGAACCGGGCAGUGCGGUACAGUCCCCGCUGGCCUUUUCGCCCAGCAGCCACGGUUCCAGCCCGUCCAUUUCCGAGGGAGGCCAUCUGAUGGUACCGCAAUCGUCGUCCGUCGGCGCGAGUGCGAAGAAUUUGCUCCAGCAGCAGCUGCAAAGCUCGUUCAACAACAACAACACAUUGUACAAUGGGGGCUCCAGUACGAUCAGUGCUGGGAAGUUGAUAAAGAGUGGUGGUGCCACGUCUCCGGGUAAUAACAACAACGAAUCCGCCAAGAACCAGAACAUUGGUGGCAGCAACUCAGGGCUGGAUGGUGCAAUUCAGCAGCAGCAGCAACAACAAACAAUGCCAUUGCGCGCUUCUCGGCGAGGUUUCAACUUUAGCCGCAACAGCGGUAAUGUCGGCCAGGUACAGCAUAAUCUCAAGUAUUCCACCCUGCAGCAGCUACUGAUGAGCAACACCUCGGACCGGUUGAGCAGUGGUGGUAAUCUCGUACUGGGCCAAUCGGUUCCCGCCGGUAGUAGCUCGUCCGGACUGCUGUCGGCUGCUGCACUAAGCCCUGGGGGAGGAAGUUACUCCGGUCGUCGACUGCUGCAGGCUCAACUGCAGGCAGGAACGACGGCAGCCGUAUCGGUCGGCUCGAAUGCCGGCACGUCCGGCACGUCCAUGUCGCGGCUUUCCUCGUCCGCACCGACACACAUUUCCGGAUUCGAACAGAUUUGGCAACGGCGCGAACCACGGCCCCAUCUGCUGUCAACUGGCAGUUUGGCAGAGGCUGGAUCAACCUCUUCGCUCAGCACUGGCAGUAUCCUCAGCCCGGAGGCACCUGAUUUCUCACACGACGAAGGGUACUCCGACGAUAGUGAUCACUACGAGGAUUACUCAAGCGGUGAAGAUUCCGACAGCGAGGACACGGGCAAGGUGUCGUCGAGUGCCAGCAGUAAGGCGAAGCGCUACUUCUGGCAGUACAACGUGCAGGCGAAGGGCCCGAAAGGGCAACGGUUGGUCAUCAAGACGCAGGUGGAGGACCCGCACGUGCUGAACGCGGUCACCGAUCCGGUCUUCAGUCCGCACUGCUCCGUGCGUGGCAUCAAGAAUCUUCGUUUACAGCACAGCGGCAAGGCGCGUAAGGGCGACGGCAACGAUCUGACACCGAACCCCCGCAAGCUGCACAACAUUGGCAAGGAGCUGGAUAAGCUCGGCCGUGUCAUCAACGAUAUGAAGCCGGUCAGUGAGCUACCGUUCAAUGCGCGGCCAAAGACGCGGAAGGAGAAGAACAAGCUGGCAUCGCGGGCCUGCCGGUUGAAGAAGAAGGCCCAGCACGAGGCGAACAAGAUCAAGCUGUACGGGCUGGAGACGGAACACAAGCGUCUCAUGAAUGGAAUAUUCCACCUGAAACAGAUUCUAGUGUCCAAGUGCAGCAAUGCGGUAGCGACGGGCGAGAAUUCAGAAGAGUACAAACAGCAACUGGACACACUGGUGCAAACGUCAUCCAAGAUAAAAAUUGCUGGCAAUUCGACUGAGUUCGUCAACAAAAUGCUCGAGAACGUGCGAGCGGGCAACAACAUCAGCAUAGACACGGUGUUGGAACAUUUCUAGACCGGCAGACGUGGUGUUCCGUGAAGUUGUUUGAUAUCGAAAGUGCAACAAAAAACGGCGUGAACGAAAAGUUGUCGACCGGUGGCAGUGCGGUGGUACACCGUGCCGAUGAUGAAUCAAUGAGACUGUAAGAUAAAAAGAAAGCAACCAAUUACCUUCGUUUUGUUUAAAACUACAUACCUUUUAAAAACACGGCUCCGGGCUCUGAAGCCUUGAGUAAUGCUGCAUAAAGCUGCAGAACGAUGCACAUAGUGCGUCGAGGAACAGGUGAUAUUUGUCACAGCGAUACAGAGAUUGUGCAAGUUGCAAUCACGCCGAGUAGCAGGGCAGUGAGCGAAGAAUUAGUACCACGUAAGGGACGAACUUUUGCAAAGUGAGAAUAUGGAAGAAUAUGACAUAGUGGGAGCAAAUAAUACACAGCAUAUGAUUUGGUCAUUAUAUGAUAUUUGAGAGCAACUUGUAGCGCGUAAGCACAUAUGUUUCUUUACAUAUAUACCAAUACGUACAUAUUAUUGUAAGAAACCGUUAAUGAGUAAUGCGUUGCGAUUUUUUUUCCUUUUACGUUUAAACACAAUUCGUUAACUUUCGGAAGCAGUUAGAUAUGUUGAGUUUAUUCUUUUGAUUGUUAAAGAAACAUGUUUGGCGCUGAUCUAGGGUGCUGAUCUUGGUCUAUUGCGUGAAGAAAAUGGGCAAUAGCUUUGCUUGUUUAACAAUAAGAAAUCAUUUCUUGUAAAAUGGUUUGAAAGUUUAUGUUUCAGCCAACGCACCGCUAGAUCAGCACCUUAUGCACCAACUACUAAGGUGUAGUGGAUCGAUUCGAUAAAUUCUGUUUUGUUAUCAAUUUUUAACUAUUUACAACGACACACGAGCACCAAAACUUCACUUUUUAUUCGCAAACUCUGAUCGAAUCAGCUUCACAAAACAAAAAAAUAAAAGAAAAAAGAAAAACCCAUGCGUAAAGAGGAAAACGAUUGGUAACCGGUAUAACCAACUAUCAUUAACAAAAACAAAAACCAUACGGACUGAAACAAGUGGCGCGUCAAACGCGACCAUACGCUAAUCAUACUUUUGUGCCACAACCAUCCAUCCAGCGACCAAAUGUGAAUGACAAACAGAAAAGAAACGCAAGAAAAACAAAACCCCAAAACCCAACCAAGUAAAGAAUGAAAUGAAGCUCAGGAACAAAAUGUACGUAUGAAACGAUGGUGGAGAGGAGGGACAGUUAGAGACUGUUAUGAGUUUUUUUUUAUAAUUCGUUGUUUUCUUUUGUCUGCCAAGCAUUCUCCAAAAUGUAGCAUACACUAGGUUGGGUAAGAGAUAAGCUUUUUUAAUUACGCAAAAUGAGAAGAGAAUCGUGUCCCCGCCCUUGUGUGUUGCAAGCAAACACUCACACACAAGGAGAAAAAAAAACAAACAAACAAAACUAUACACUCUAAUACAUUUACUCCUGAAGAAUGAAAUACCUUGAAAGCAUGAAUCGAUAACCAUUGAUUAUGAUAACGUAUGUACCUAAUUACCCUGGCGUAACAAAAAAAAACACACACACACAUACACACAAAACAUAAUAUAUGUAUACAUAUAUAUAUAAACUUUUUACAUUUUCUCAAUGAUUGUGUACGAAUGAAUCCUUGUAGGAUCGGUUAAGUGAGCGCAAAGGCGAAGGAGAAUAGACGGUAGUGAUAAGGCAGUUGUAAUUGUUCGAAAGGGAACGAAAGCUGUGUGUGCAUGUGCGAGUGUGAGUUGAGUAAGUGUAGGGUGAGGAAGAAACAACCCUUAGUUCUGUAAGUGCUUAGUGCUAACUAAUUAUUUUUCUACCCCAAUUUUAUCAUAUUCGAUAUACUAUUAUUACUACCACCACUACUACUAUUACUACUACUGCUACUACUACUACUCAGAAAUGUUCAUCUCUUCGCGAGUUCGUGUGUUGAUUGCGAGUGCAUUGCGAUGUCCGAAUUUCGCAUCGUUACUUUUUUUCCAUCUUUGUCCUUGUCAUUAAAAGUAGUUGUUUAAGCGAAUCUUUUUUGAAAACAAAAAAACAAAACUCUUUUUAGCAGUGUUUGGGUUGUGAGAUUUAAAAGGGCAGAAGGUGGUUUGUUACGAGCAAGAAACUGCAUUCAGGAAUGUGUACAUUGUUCGAAAUGUUCGAAAUGCUUGAAAAAUACAGUGAAUGAUCAUUUACAACUUUCCAAAUACUCCAGUUCCCGGUUGCGUGACGUUUUUUUUGCAGUGGGACAACAAAAGCGAGGCUUCAAACAUAGAAAGGAUAGAGAGUAAGCGAUAUAUAAAGAUAAAAACAGAGAGAAGAGAGAGAGAGAAAGAGAGCUAGAGAGAGAGAGAGAGAGAGAGAGAGAGAGAGAGAGAGAGAGAGAGAGAGAGAGAGAGAGAGAGAGAGAGCUUAGAGUUGUGUACCUUUAGCAGCGUCAGUACUGUUGAAUACUGUUCUGGUUAACUUAGGUACUAGCACCCUGGGAAACAUUCAUACCCGCCUGUAUGGAGCGACCGCCCUGGGUGCUAGGGAUAUCGAAAGGAGAACACGGGCACGCCUUGGCACUCAAGAAUGCUGUUGAUCUUGUGUAUUUUCUGCGGGUUGGUUUUGUUACAUUUUAACAACAUCAAACAAACAGUUUUGGUUUAUCCUUGUUACCUACCAUAAUGCCAUUCUGAUGAGUCUUUCGAAUACCCGGAAAGUCGAGUCCGAUCGACUGUCCGAUUGGUUGAGGUUGUCAAAGAUGAAUUGUGAUAAUAAUUUUUCGUUUCCUGCUAAAUUGUCUUGUGUCUACACCAAACUACUAUAGCAAGCUGCCAUACUGCAUUUAUUUGAAAUUCCAGCAAAAGGCCGUAGCAUGUUGUUUGGUAACGUUGUGUUUUGUGGUAAAUGAUCUUUCCUUGUUGAUGUUGGAUUUGUUCGAAUGCACAUGAAGCAUGAGUACGGAAUGCACAUUAGAUGCGGAACUGUGCUGCCGUGGGUCGUUGGGUGGUCGAGUGGGGGUACCCGUCUCGCAAAACAAUAAGCAGCGCGAACUACACAAAACUGCAAACAAUCUGUGAUUUUCUUUAAUAUUAUGAGUGUUAGUGAGUGUUAGUGUCAUCCUCUAUUUCGGUACGGUACGUUUUGUUUGGGUUUUUUCUUUUAUUUUCAUCCCUUUUUGUUUUGUUGCGUAUGUUUAUUAUGAUUUGAAUUUUGUUAGUUCUGACCAGUACCACGUUCAUUCCCAGUCAGGUGUGUUGCGGUUUUAAUCGAAUCUGUUACAACUAUUCCAGUUAAUAGUUUGGAUUAUUGGUAAAGGAAAGAAUGGACUAGGACGUAGAACAGUACAGUCAGUAGUAUGUACACUCAGGGUUGGUUUCGUUCACAAAAACAAAGCAGUUUACCACAGCUUACCGCAAAAAUAGUUCGAUUUGAUUUCGAUUCGAUUACUUACCUCGAUUUGUCCUCCUGAAACAAUGAUUUACAGAAGAGCAGAAAAAAAAGUUACAUCAUACCAGUAGGGGUUCCGGGUUUUAAAAAUAUAUUUUCAUUACAUUAAGAUCAUGAAGCGAGUGUUAAAACUGUAUGGGAUUAAAUUGAUUUUUUGCUUCUAUUGAUAGAACGGGAUAAUUUUAAUCAGCUUGCACCAAGUAAACAGUUGGCUGAUUAUAUCGGAUUAUAAAAUUAUGUUUAAGGAAUGCUCGACCAGUUUGUUACGCUGAUACAACAAAUAUGAGACAAAAUUAAACAAAAAAAAAAAAAACAGCAAACAAAAAAAUCACACACAUUUCUGCAUAAUCUAUUACAUCUUUCGAUUCUUGAAGUUUUCCCCUCUUGUCAUAAGCUUGUAAAACUAUUGCUAUCAUACGAUUUGUGUUGUUUUUUACUUAAACUUUUUUAUGCUUAAAUUACGAUUAGGUGUUUGAAAAAAAAAAGAUGAAGCAAAAAAAAAGAAUGGAGAUGGAGUUGGUGAGAUACAAAAAUCAAAUGUUCCUAUCCCUACGUCUAAUAAUCUAAGCAAAGGUACCGUGCGCGGACAUCGAUCGUACCUACUUUUAUUGUGAAUGAGACAACACUCACAUGGAAAAAACAAGUUUUCUUCAUCGUUUAUCGUACCGGUCCCCGAGAUCUAGCUCUGGGUGAUGAUCUGUCCUUGUGGCUUUAUGAUUUAUCUACAACCACCCAGCGUAAUGAAGGCAAAGUCUGGUCGGGAGAUACGGGAACCGAGAUUUAUUUUACAGUGCAUUAUCAGCUAUACUAUGCUAUUAAACGGUAUAUUCAAGCGUAUCUAUAGUAGUAUGUAUAGUUCCACAAGCAACCGGACGAAACAAUACAAAAAAAACCCAUUUACAACCACUAUAGGAAUGCUAGGUGUGUGGAUUGAAACGAAUUGUACAAACUAUCUUCACGAAACAGUGUGUCAACGGAAUAGGGAAGACAAAUUACUAUAAAAAUAAUACCCCACAUCCACGGCGGCAGAGCUGGAGUGUAGAGAGCGAGUUUUUAAAGGUACCUGGUUGCAGUUUGUUGCAAAAAAAAGAGUAAAAGUUGGAGUAGCGCGAAGAGGGAUAACGCAAUGUUAGAUUGCGUAUCCCGUGCGAGUGAACUAUGUAGAUGUAAAAUGCGCAUGGUGCGUUUCUCACCCAGAACUUUACAUGCUUGCAAGCACACACAUACGGACACAUCGAUCAGGUGGACGACUCUGGUCGAUUCUACUACCUCAGCACAAUGAAGUAAACAAAUACCAUGUAACACUCACACAAAAUGGUUCUAUUCGGUUCGGCAUACAGAAACAGGCGCGUUG